AUGGAUGGGCAAGAUCUUGUUCCGGCAUCUGGCGCGCCUGCAUCUCUGGGUUCUUCUCGGUCAUCCAGCCCUUUCGAAAAUGUCGCGCCCACCCUGCCACCUGCUCCGGCCCUCUUAGAUCUCACUGGCGACGCAGAAUUGUCGACUCUGGUGCCGGCUUUCCAGGAGCGCCCACCAGUCCGUCUCGCUUACCUUCAUGCCGUCCUAGCCAACAUUUUCGAACAUUCGCCAAUCUUGGAUGCUGAGAGACGGCUGAACGAUGAGCUUGCGAUCAUGAAACUGUGCUUGGGAACACUGCCUGACUCUCCCCGAAAACCUGCGCGAUCGCUUGUCACGGCACGCAAACGGUUAGGUUUGAAUGUCAAUGACUACAUUGCUCUCCAGGCGGUUUGCACUGCAUGUUUCAAGGUUUACUCAUCUGAAGAUAUUGAUGCUUUAUUAUCACCCCAGUGUACAGUCCGAGGCUGUAAAGGCGAGGUGUACAAGGAGACCCGCAAGCGUCCGGCAGCGUCCGGUGCAGAAGAUGAGACCUGCAAGCGGGUGCCUGCAAAGCUUGCAGCAUACGCUCCGCUUCUCAAAGCCCUCCCGCGUUUUUUUCUUCGCAAAGAAUUUGUUAAUGAUUUAGACAGGUCCUGUAAUGAUGCGCACCCUCGCGCUGUAGGUUACAGUGAACAUAUGCAUGAUUUGCAGGAUGCCGAGGCUUACCGCGCUACCACACUGGAUUGCGCCCGCACAGUUCAUGAAGAUGGCCAGGUGGAGGACGUUCAGGCCUUCUCCGGGCCGCGGCGCACCCUCCGUUCUAUCAAAUACGGGCAGAGCUUCACCAUCAAUCUCGAUUGGUUUGGUGUGACGGAGGGGCGGCCGCACUCCGUCGGGGCGGUGUAUCUGACAUUCAACAACUUACAUCGCUCUGUCCGGUACUUGCAGCGCAACGUCCACCUACUCAUGAUGAUCCCCGGCCCGCGCGAGCCAAGCCUUGAACAGCUCAAUCAUAUGCUUGAGCCGGCUGUCAAGGAACUCAAGAUCCUUUAUACUGGUAUGUCCGGUCCUUCUUCCGGCGCUUCGGAUGAUCUGAACGUGUUGCCGAACGAGCGUGAUCGCGACGUUCUGCGCGAACAUCUCGUACCGUCAGUCGAAUGCCACACAAGUGAUGCCCCAGCAUCGAGCAAGCUCAAAGGGACAGCGUCGCACAGUCAUAAGACACACCUCUGUGGGUGUUGUGGACUGGAACACGGAGAUCUGAAUACGGAGGCUGGGUACGAUUGCAAGAGCUUCCGGCUGCGGGAUGAUUGGGAGAUGCUCUCAGCGUCUUUUAGAGCGAAAGAGGCGACAUCAAAAAAAGCACGCAAGAAGAUCCUGGAUGAGACGGGCAAGCGCUACUCAGUGAUGGACGAGCUCACCGGGUGGUUUCCGGUCUCCACAUCAGCGAUUGAUUUUAUGCACAACUUCUAUGGCAUGGCAACACACAUGUUCACGGAGAUCUUGAUUGGGGGGCAUCUCCUCGAUGCAGAUGGGUGGCGGAGGCUUCAGGCCAUUGUAAACUCCAUUCAGUGGCCGUCUGGGAUUGGACGGCUGCCAUCUAACCUCGGAGAAAAUCGUGGCCUUCCGAAGGCCGAUCAGUGGCGCCGCUGGGUGAACAUCCAGUGCACUGUGCUCUGGCUAGUCUGGAGAGGUGAGGAUGACAAGAUCCGACGAGGAGCCCCCGACAUCCCCCAUAAUGCGAAGACAAAACCAACAUUCGAGCGCAACCUCGUGAAGAUUUACCGCGUUUUUUUAUACGCGUCUUUGGCGGAAAGGAUUCUUGCCGCUAAGAGCAUCUCCAAGGAAGAGGUUGAAUAUGGCCAUCGUUUUCUUCAGUGGUGUUGCCAGGAGAUGGUUGCGCUUGGCAUCCAUCUCGUGCCUAACUUUCAUUACGCCAUGCAUUACCCGCAGUUCUUUCGCUUGUUUGGACCAGUCUAUGCUUGGUGGCUCUUCGCGCAUGAACGUUUCAAUGGCGAACUCGAGAAAGUCAACAUCAACGGCCAUGCUGACGGUGAAAUGGAGUUGUCGCUUAUGCGCAACUGGAUUACUAAGCAUCGUUUGUACGAGUUGAUUUCUACACUGCCUGCUGAUGCCACGCCGGACGAGCGCGCCCUUCUCGAGCGCAUAUGUACCGAGCAGGGCGCAACUCGUGGGACCCUCCGCACUCAGAUCGCAGCCUUUGCGCGAGGCGCGUCAACGAUCCUGAAGCCCAAACGUGUCAAGAAACCAACCAAUCUUCGCCGUCUUGCUCAUCCUGAGAUCUACCGCCUCCUCCUCGAGUUUAUUAGGUCCCGACAUCCUGAUCUCAUUAUUGCUGACGAUAUGACUCGCACAUCAGACCAUGAUGCAAUCCUUCUCGCUGAUGGCUCAGUUAAGGUUCUCCCCUUCAUCUGCAAGGAUGGGCUUCGAUUCGGAUCAACUGCGGAUUCUCGCACACAGGCAGACUCUUAUGCAUGUGUCGAUUUUCCGGAUGGCCGAACACCAUGUCACCUCCUGUAUCAUUUCGAGGUCACUGUUCACGGCCUCCCCCCCAUUUUUUGCUCUUUACUUGGAGUCUACGUUGCAUAUCAGCACCGGUUCUUCCCUAUCGAGUUUAUCGACAGUUCCCUUCUCUCUGCUGCAGUCGCGAUUAUACCCGUGACGAGCAAUGUUCGUGGGCUUGAGCAUCCAAUAUGGGUGGUGCACUCAUUUGAUCGUGUAAGUCCGAUUUUCAUACAAACAUUUUGCGAUUGA